AUGGGGGCUGCAGCUCCGAGUCCCACCCUCCUGCUGCUCUCAGUACUCCAGACUCUGAUCCAGACCGAGAUCCAGAGAGGCGCUGUGACCGCGACCGCGACCGCGACCGCGUCUGCAACGGGUCUCCGAGAUCCCCAAGCCUUCGUGGCUGGCUAUGUGGACGACACGCAAAUCCUGCUCUUCGACAGCCACUUGACUACUAAGAUGGAGGCUCGAGUACCAUGGGCAAAGCAGAUGGGGCCGGAUUAUUGGGAGCAGGAGAGGAUACUUUUGGAAAUUUAUUCACGCACGGCCCAAGAAAGCCUGCUAUUUGCAAUCCGAAUCUAUAACCAGAGCGAUGACGAUCAACACUUCCUCCGUGGGCACUACAGUCAUGCCUUUAAUGGUCGUGAUUACAUCAGCCUGAACGAGGACAUGAGAACUUGGACUGCUGCAGACAAGACGGCUCAGAUCGCAGUGCGAAGGUGGGAGGCGAAACAUUUAGCAGAGCACUGGAGGAUCUUCGCUCAGGGCCAGUGCAUUGCUUGGCUACUCAGGCAUCUGGAGCUAGGGAAGGAGAUUCUGCAGCGCUCAGACCCUCCAAAGGCACAUGUAACCCAUCACCCUAGACCUGAAGGAGAUGUCACCUUGAGGUGCUGGGCCCUUGAAUUCUACCCAGCUGAGAUAACCCUGACCUGGCAGAGGGAUGGGGAAGACCAGACCCAGGACAUGGAGCUGGUGGACACCAGGCCUGCAGGGGAUGGAACCUUCCAGAAGUGGGCAGCUGUGGUGGUACCUACUGGGGAGGAGCAGAGAUAUACAUGUCAUGUGCAACAUGAGGGGCUGCCUGAGCCUCUGACCCUGAAAUGGGAGACACCUCCUUGGUCCCCAACUGGAGUGAUAUUUGGUGUGGUUCUCCUUGGAGUUGUGGUCCCUGUAGCUGUGGUUGCCAUUGUGAUGCUGAGGAAGAAAAGCACAGCAUAUCACACUGUAUCCAAUACUGGCCUAGAACUCACUAAGUAGCUGUGAUGGCCAAUCUUCAGUGUCAGCUUGACUGGAUUUAGAAUCUCCUAGGAGAUCCAAUUCUGAUCACAUCUGUAACAGUGUUUCCAGAGAUUGAGGAUGGAAGAUCCAACCUCAGGAACAAGGAUAAGAGGAAGAACAGGAGAAAAAUAGAUGAGAGGAUCCCUACACUCUACUUCUUGGUCUACUAAAGUUUGCAGAAUCCCAGCCACAUGCUCCUGCUGCCCUGUACUCCAUAAUGCCUUAUGCUGAGAGUGACUGUGCCCUCUUUAACCAUGAAUCAGAAUAAACCUUUCAUCCUUUAA